AUGCCGCGUCUAGUGCGAAAGAAGCCGCUCUCUGAGCGCCUGAAGGCCAUGCUGAACCCCAUGGACUUCUUGCUAUGGCUGUCGGAAGAAUUGGAGACGAGAGAUUGGGAUUCCAAGGCACUGGGAACACAGCUUGGACUCGGCUGCAACUUCAUGUUUCUCCUCGCUAGAGCUAACUGCGUGGCAUCGGAGGUCGAGGAUGAUGUGUUCAGCGAUGGGAGCUCCGGGGGCAUCGUCACCUACAUUGUCAGUAACAUUGAGAAUGUGCGGCCCCUUGUUUGGAUUCUUGGCCUCCUAUCUGUCGCCAACGCCUUCUAUACCAUGUCGAGGACGAGGCAGUACCGGUUAUUUCAAGUCAACGUCGAAGACAAGCCGCAUACCCCGUCAGCCCAACGAGUCAAAGCCAGGUCUGACCCGGCCGUCUCUUCGCCCCUGAGACUCUUGAACAACCUCCUGUCUUCCGAGACUGCCGAGUCGCGAGCCCAUCCCGACCGAUCACAUGACGUUUGGGAGCUUAGUGUCUGGGACCCUCUUCCGGUCUCUCUGCAGCUCUUCUGCCUCUUCAGCCCCGGCCACGUCCUCGUCUACAUGAUGUUUCUCCCUCUGGUGCCCUUGGAUCCCCGACCAAGCGUCACUGUCUUCAACUGCAUUGUGCUGCAACUCAUUCUUUCCGUCCAGCUGAUUUUCGUCCAAACUCGGUACGCUCAGCAGAUCAAGGAUACCGCCAUCAUUCACAAGGAGGUCCUCCACGAGUACGACACCAAGUUCGUGCGGCCACGUCUUCACCCGGUUGUUCGCGAUGUCGGGACACAGUGUUCGCCUGAAGAGGCUGAGGAUGAAGAGUCCUUUGUCGAACUGGGAACGCCUACAACAGUCAUCAAGAAGGAGUUCGUGGUCACACCCAAUCCUCACGUCAAGCAGGAGGAGCCAGUCCACACUCCUCCCAUUAGCAGCUUCGCGUCCCGCCUCUUUACUCCGACGUCUAACAGGCGAUCCGAGUCCUUCACCCCUGUGCCUAGCACUCGCUCGGUCCGUCAAAGUCUCCCGCCAGCACCCAUGUACCAGUCAACGUCGACGUCCACGAACACCGGAGCAACAAGUUUCGGCGGAAACCUGGGUGUUUUCAACCACGCAAACUCGCCACUCAAGAAGACUUCGAGUCUCAAUGAGAUGAACCAAGGCUUCAUGUCGCCCCGGAACUCGAGAGAAAUGGCUGCUCGGGAACAGCGUCGAGGAAGCCCGCUGAAGCAGUCAGAGACUAGAAGAUCGACUGGCUCAGAUGCUCUCGACCACACGAGUGCUCCCGAUUACAAUCCCUUUGCCAGCGCGAAGAGGAACAGGAGCAAUCAACAAGGGGAACGGUAUCCUUCUAGAUGGUCGGGUUUCCACUGA